AAAACCUUAUCUUUUUUCCAACACCACACACUCCCCUAACCCUGAAAACAAGCUUCUCGCUGUCCUCAGCAGCAAAAGGGAAAAAACAAUGGCUACCCUUCAUUUCACUCCAUCUCCUUGUACUCCUCCCUUAAUUGUCAACAAACCAAAACACCCCACCACAAUUUCAACCUCCCAAUCGAAGUUCAACCCCAAAACCCACCAUGGGUCUUUCAAAAGAUUGUCGACUUUGAUAGCAAGGUCUUACAAAGUUGUAUUGGAGCAUGAAGGCAAGUCUACCGAGCUAGAGGUGGAAGAGGAUGAGACCAUACUAUCAAAGGCAUUGGACUUGGGCAUAACCGUGCCAUAUGAUUGUCAACUUGGGGUUUGCAUGACUUGCCCUGCUAAGCUCCUAAGUGGAACCGUUGAUCAAAGUGAAGCAACUAGUAGUUUAGGUGCAGCUGAGAAUGCGGGUAUUAUUGACUAAAUAUAAGUAACAAAGCGACCAUUACCAGCUGCUUGGAAAACUGAAACACAGAAAGCUUGUGGAGGAUGCACUUGUUUCAUCAACUAAGCAAACAUCUGAAGGCUGAAAGCUAGUUUAUCAUACACACUCUCUUGACAUUCCAGAAGACAAAUAAGAAAACAGCCACUCCUCCAAUGGAACCAAAGCGGAGAUUCUAUUGCAUUUUGUUUUCUUUAUUAAAAAAAAAAACCAAAUUAGUUGUUUUAGAAUCCAAUCUUUUGUUGAAAAUUUAAUUUAUUUUUAAGGUUAAAAAUUGGUUUAUGUAUGUCAACAAGAAAUGUAUAUGACACGUCAUGUAUAACUACUUAA